GAGGGUAAGGGAAGAAACUGAAAAGCAAACAAUGGUUGGAGAUUCUGCCCCUUUUGUGUGAGUGAGCUUUACAACAAGCAAGACAAAGUUAAGGCAUCGUUUGGAUGUUGUAGCCAUAAGAAAAACUCCUCACUCAUUGGGAUCCUUAAAAAAAUCUUGACCGUUCAAUCCUCCCUUUUACCUGAUGCUUCUCACUUCAAUACACGUGCUCUCUCUCUUUUUCUUCCCUUUUAAAUCCUUUUGCUUCCAUGCAUGGAAUUCUCCUCCAACUACAACACACACACACACACCAAAAGGGUAUCUAGAGAGAGAGAAACAGAAACAGUCUUGGGGUAUUUUAUUUUAUUUCUUUUGUUCCUCUUGUAAGCCUCUUCAUCGCCAUCAUUAGCGACCCUUCUUUAUAAAAUGUUUGAUUUUUUUUUCUGGGUUUAAACAAUUUUGAGAUGAGCAAAAGAAAUGGGAUUUUUAAAAAGGGUCUCUUUUUGUUGUGGGUCGGAUCUCUUUGUUGUACUUGAAACAGAGAACCUGUCACAUCUCAGCUGCUGAUUCUCGUUUUUUUUGAUCAUCUUCACUGAAACUAAAGCAAGCAACUUUUUUGUGAUCUGUUUUUUUUCUCUCUCUGUUCCUUGAUCUGUGUUCUUGGUUUCUCACAACAAAGAUGGAUGAAAGGAAAUGCAAGAAAUGAGUCACGGUUCCGGUUUGGUUCACUGGGUAUUUUCAGUUUUUAAGUGAUCAAAAUAUUUUUUAAUGGAGCAAAAUCAAGGAAAGAAGUUUGUUUGCAAGUUUUGCAACAAAGGGUAUCCAUGUGGGAAGUCCUUAGGAGGUCACAUAAGGACUCACAUGAAUACUGAGAAUCUUGGUGAAGCAGAGGAAAAGGCUGAAAUCUCCAUAAACAACAAGCAGCGUUUCUGUUCUAGGAACAUAAAGAGAGCUGCUGAGGCUGAAGCUGGUGGUGGCCAAUCUGCAACUUAUGAUCUAAGGGAGAACCCCAAGAAAAGCAAGAGAUUUUCUGAUUUAGGCAAUGGUUCUGUACUCAAAGAGAUGAUUUGUAAAGAAUGUGGUAAGGGUUUCCAAUCAUUGAAAGCUCUUUGUGGUCACAUGGCUUGUCACUCAGACAAAGAAAGGGUCUUUCAGAAACUUGAGGAUCAUUGGGGUAACACUGAGAAACAGAAGCUGGUUGUGGAUAGUCAAUCAGAUACUGAAAUAUCAACUCCAAGUAGGAGGAGGAGAUCCAAAAGGAUAAGGUGCAAAAUAGGAGGUGUUUACUCUAAUAAUUCAGUCUCUUUGGCAAAUGGUUCGUCAUCUGUAUCAGAGAUUGAAGAACAAGAACAGGAAGAGGUUGCUAUGUGUUUAAUGAUGCUGUCAAGGGAUUCUGGUUGUAAGAAAGGGCUGAAUUCAGUUGCUGAUUCUUCAGACAACAACUCUGUCGUUCUGGAGGCUAAGUCAUCCUCCAUAGAUUUGAGGAUUACUGUUAAGAAUGCUAACAAUGGUGGUGAGCUUUUGAAGAUGAAAAAACAAGGAGUCAUCAAGCUGAAAUCUGCUGGGUCUGAUCCUUGUUCUGAAAAUUCUGAUUCUGGGUAUUUUAGGAAUGGGCCCAAGAAGGUGGAACCAGAUGUUUCAAGCAAUGGGGUUACCAACAAUGUUGAAUGUAAGAAACUCAAGGUAAAGUCUAGAUCUGGAUUUGAAGACAUUGAUGCAACACUUGGUAAAAAUAGGAGUAAAUUCAAGUACGUGAAAACUGAAUUCCCUAAGGAUUUGGUUAGUGAAGUAGGGGAUAAUCAAGAUGAUAGAGCUUUGACUAAAUAUGGUUUAAGAAGUGGGAAGAAAGAUUAUUCCAGUUCUCCAAAGGGAACCAAACUUGAGUCAAUACAUGAUAGAGGUGAAGACAGCUUAGCAAAUGGUUCUUUUCAUGCUCCAAUGGCUGCUACCAAGUUGUCAAAUGGCAAUGCUGAGAAAAGAUUGGGGUCAAAGAAAAACAAAGGGCAUGUAUGCCCUUUCUGCUUCAGGGUUUUCAAGUCAGGCCAAGCUUUAGGAGGUCACAAAAGGUCCCAUUUUGCUGGGGGUUCAGAGGAGACAACAUUGGUCAUCAAACAAGACUCACCAGAUAUGCCAUUACCAGCUCUUAUUGACCUUAACCUUCCAGCUCCUCUUGAAGAAGAUGCAAUGGAGAAUUCUGGGUUCAUCCCAUGGUAGCUGUUUAGAAAGCACCACAACCAUGAUCUCUUUGCUAAGAUGAGGAACAUGCAAGAGAAUUUACAGUGUACAAAUGAACAAUUUACUCUUUUGGUGUUUCUCUUUGGCUUCUGAUUCAAUAUGGUUUUUUUUGCUAAGGUAAAUGUUCCCCUUUUUCUCCUUUUUAAAAUUUUAUCUAUGUUCUUGAACAUGUAUCUUCAUGCUUACACAACUUUUCAAUUCAUUGUCCAUCUUUUUUGUAACAUUCUCAACUAUGGUUUUUUUUUUUUUUCAGUACUCUUUCAAAUCUGUCAAAUAUAGAGUCUUGUAGGAAGCAAAAAACAGCAGCUUCUGAUUUUUAACUUGUAUGAUAAAAGCAUUUGAUAUAUAGGUAGGCUAUCAUAUGUUAUCCUUUGAUACAACCAAUCUCACUGUUGAAGUGUUGUUUUUAAAGAAGAGCCAAGGACCACCUGCUUUUUGGGGAAAACAUUAAAGAAAGCUUCAUUCUAAGGAGUGGAAAUGAAGUUUCCCCUAAAUUCACAUGCCCCAAGAACUGUACACGCCAUUUAUUUGCUACUUUCUACACAUAUUUAGACACUCCAAUAGGUUGCAUUUUUAAGCACAUACACACACCCCCACACAUAUAUGUACUGUUUGGGAAAUGACAUAAGAUCAAUUUUAAUGCUCUCCUUUUUGUUAAUAACAAAAGAUUAAGUUUCUCCAUCUUAA